UUGCAGAAUUACGUACGAUAGCAAGGAGCACGUCGGUUUCGCUCCACUACGCCGGCAGUUAUUAUUUUACCAAGCUUGUGGCAAGUUGUCUUGUGCGGGGUUUGGUGAGAGUCCGAAGUACUUCAGAUUGGAGAUACAAUAUGUUGAGUCGCAAGGAUAUUUACUGGGCUCAGGAGGGAGAGCCAAAAACAUUUGACUGUGACGAAGGUUUGCCUCCUCUGCCAUUACCUAAACUUGAAGAUACUUUGGAACGAUAUUACGAAACCCUGAAACCCUUCGGGACCAAAGAAGAACUAGCAAACUCGCGCCGAAUUAUAGAUGAAUUCAAAAAUGGAAUUGGUAAAAAACUUCAUCAAAUCAUCGAGGACAAAACCAAAAAGGAGAAAAAUUGGGUGGAAAAAUGGUGGGAAGAUUACGGCUAUUUCUUCUUACGUGUUCCCUUAUAUCCAUACACUGUUAUGGUUACAGCAUUACCACUUCAAUGUGUUGGAAUUCAAGAGACCCCAGAAUAUUGCUUGAAGGGAGCUGCACGAUUAAUUUAUCACACAAUGGAAUUCUGGGAUUUAAUGUAUCAUGAAAAUCUUCGACAACAAAGUUCCCCUGAUGGUUCGAUACGGUAUUCAAUGACUUUAUAUCGUCGCUUUUUCUGUUCGUCAAGGUUACCAGGCGAUCCAUUAGACACGGUUGAAACACAUUUCAAGACACUGGCUGAAGGUGGUGGACCCACGCAUGGAUUAAUUAUUGGCAAAGGACGAAUUUUUAUAUUCGACUGUUUAGAUAGUAAUGGUAAUUUGCAGUCGCCACAGAGUAUACUACAAAUACUGCAGAUUAUUCGAGGCGCCAUAGAUUCAGACAAACUAGGUGACUGCGUUCCUGUACUAACUUGUGACGAUAGGACUAGUUGGGCUAAGAAUAGGCAACGCCUUCAAGAGCUGUCCCCUCAUAAUAAAGAUUUACUCAAAGUGGUUGAAAGUUCUGUCGUUGCGAUAUACCUUGAUGAGCAUUUACCAGGAGAUUACUCAGAAAGCUCACAACUAACCUUAGCAGGUGAUUUCCACUCAAAGUGGGGUGAUCGCACUAGUGUAAUGAUAGUAUACCCGAAUGGACACAUUGGCUUCAUCGGAGAACAUUCUGCCUACGAUGGAACAUGCAGUAUGAAUUUCAUGUUCUUUGCUCUGCUCAGCUUGCUCGAAUGCGGUGAACCAGAUUGGAGCGAAACUCCUAAGACAAUAACUGUCCCUAUAGAACAACGAUUUGAUUUAGAUGAUCAUCUAACUCAUGAGAUACAAAGAGUACUUAAAGAUUGUGAUGAAAGGUCGAGGGAAGUCAUUGUUUCUUGCGAAGUGUUCACAGAUUUUGGACGAUCAGCCAUAAAAGAGUGCCAAUUCCACCCAGAUGCAUUUGUCCAAGUGGUACUUCAACUGGCUUAUUACAAGAUGCAUGGAGAGAUUGCCCCAACAUACGAGACGGCUCUUAUGAGACACUAUUAUAACGGCCGAACAGAAACACUUCGAUCAUGUACCGUUGAUGCUGCCAAUUUUGUUAAAACUGCAACCAAUCCCAAAUCAUCGAAGAGGGAAAUAUACGAGGCGCUUAAAAAAGCCGUGAAGACGCAUAGUGACCUCAUGAAUGAAAUGCGGAAGGGAAAUGGAGUCGAUCGUCAUCUGUUCGGAAUGUGGUGUGCCGCGUAUGAAAGGAACUGGGAUAUUCCAGAAUUGUACUCGGAUCCGCUCUACGCCAAGAGCGGCGGAGGAGGCAAUUUCGUACUCUCAACGAGCACCUUGGGAUUCACUGUUGUCGCUGGAUUCGUCGCACCUAUGGUAACUGAUGGAUAUGGAUUUUUCUACAGCAUCACAACGAAACAAAUCAAUUUGAUCACAACUGCCUAUAGAACUAGUCAAAAAACGAGUGCCUUCAAACUUUCCUCGAUGAUUUGUGAGACAUUUAAGGAAAUGAAAGCAAUUGCCGAUGAAGUUGCCUCAGCGAAAUUGUAAAUUCAAUGCAAAUAUAUUUAAGAAAAUCUAAGAUUUUAAAAACUUAAGUGUAAGGUAAAGGUGAUAUUUUUUAUUCAAUUUUGUGUAAAGUGCAAUUAUUUCAUUCCAAUAAAUCAAAACAAAGAUGGAAUAUA